AUGCCGCUCGACACCAGCACUUAUUCCCUCGCGCUUCUCCGUCUUGAUGGCCGGCGAUGGAACGAACUGAGGCGCAUUCAUGCCCAAAUCUCGACCCAAGCAGCUGCUGAUGGCUCGUCCUACCUCGAGAUGGGCAACACAAAGAUCCUGGUAUCCGUGACUGGACCCGCCGAAGGUCGUCAAUCAGGUCAAAGAGGAGGACAAAACGGCCAAGGCAAAGUCGAGGUCGAGAUCAACUUUGCAGGCUUCAGCGGCGUUGACAGGCGAAAGCGAAAGAGCGACAAGCGCACAAGUGAGAUGGAACACUGUUUGCGCUCUGCUUUUGAAGGCGUCCUGCUACUACACUUGUAUCCACAUUCGACCAUUACACUCAAUAUUCACAUCAUCUCGCAGGAUGGCUCGCUGCUCGCCGCUUGCAUUAACGCCGCCACGCUCGCUCUAAUUGAUGCCGGUAUACCCAUGUCAGAUUACCUUGUAGCCUGCACUGCGGCUUCGUCAGCUUCUGCAUCGGCAGCCGACAAUGCGUCUGCGGAUGAUCCAUUGUUGGAUCUUAAUAACCAAGAAGAGCUGGAGCUUCCUUUCUUGACAGUUGCCACACUGGGGGAGAGCGACAAAGUGUCUGUCUGCAUCAUGGAAAGCAGGGUGAGGAUGGAGCGCUUGGAAGGUAUGCUGGCAGUAGGCAUCGAGGGCUGCAAGAGAAUGCGGGGCAUCCUUGACGGAGUCUUGCGCAGAGGCACGCUUCGAACGCCUGCGUCACCAGCUUCAGAUUGGAAACUAAGCGCACUCUGGGUCAUCAAGCAGUUGCUUUGUCUCCAUUCAAGUGGCUCACCGACCGACGACUAG